AACAAAGGGCAUACUGCUCACACAGCCAUAGACCACCGUCACAAGAUCCGCUUCCUGUGUAGAAGCUGUUGCAUGUGUCUGAGGGGGAGUGCUGGCCUAGUGUUCUUCACACUUGAACACACCAGCACAUGCUGCUAAUCACUACUAGCGAGUGGGAUGGAGAAUUUUUGUAAUUAUUUCUGCAUCAACUGGAAAUUUUCUAUCAUAUGUUGCAUGUCCUGGAUUUCCUCACUAGCAGAGAGAAGCACCAUCUCAAGGGAGGUUGGCAGCAGGGUGAUCCUGCCCUGCAAGACCGAGUCAAACGUCACUCUCGUUCAGCUGACGUGGAAAACUAACGGGGUCACGCUGUUCAGUUUCAAACCACCGGACAACUUGCACAGCAGUAAUGAAUCUACCCACCGCAACAUAAACAUAACAGACAGUCCGCCGAAAGCACUGCUCAUUGAGAACGUCCAGGAGUCUCACGCAGGAAACUAUACCUGUGAGUUCAACACGAACGCAAGAUUUCAGGAACAGAGAUGGGAGUUAAUAAUUACAGCUCCGGGAAAAUCAGAAAACACGCUGAUCAUUACAGUGGCAUCUGCUGUUCCAUGUGUGUGUUGCCUGAUCUUUAUAUUAGCUUGGAUCAUUCUGCACAGGGUCCGCAUUCAACAUGCAGAGGGUCGUUCUCCCCCUGCAGAAAUGGAGAGAGAAGAAGCUAUGUAUGAAAACUGUCUGAGAAUUGAUGUUCGUCAACAAGGUAGCCACAAUCAUCCUCACCGUUGCCAACACAGGCCUCGAUGAUCUCAGCGCCGUACAAACAUCUAAAAGGGAAGGCAGUGGAAGUGUUUACCUGUGUUUGUUGAUGGGUUGUAUGUCUUUCUGUACCAUACGUCUACCAAUACCUAUGUGUUAAGACCAUAAUGUAACUACACAGUGUGAUUAAAUAGAGUUGUAUCAACAUCUGCAUGUAAUCAAUACACGAGCGACAAAUCGAAUGAAUUCAGACGAUUCAAAACUAUUACUAAGACCUGAGUAUAAAUGUAUGACAGCAAAUAGAAACAAUGUACUCUUAAUAACUCUUAAUUGGAAAAGUCAUUUGCAAUCCAAUUAAUGAAAAGUAGGGCUGCAUUUCAAAAUAAGAGAAAAUAAAUAAAAUGUUAAAUGUUAAAAUUGUACAUGUUCAUACAAAGUGUUUCAAUUCAGAAAAAUAAAGUAAAGGGAAGUAAGGCCCCUUUUUCUGUUUCACAUUUGGAUUCAUUCAUUCAUUCUCAGAAAAUGAUAUAUCUAAACACAUUAGAAUAUUUUCAUUCCUCCACUAUUUUGGGGGAAGUAUGAAGAGAUUAGUGUUCGUCCGUUAUAGAUUAAAUGCUCCACUUUCAUCUUUAUGGUUACUUACUUUUCUUUCACUUUCUAUCUCACUCGUCUCCUUCAAAAAUAUUCCUAUUUCUUUUUCUUCCCUGCGUCUUUUUAUUUGUAAUAUGCCGCUAUCUGUCUUAUCGAAGGUCGAGCCCAAAA